UUGAGAUAAACUGGUUUACGUACACGACAACUGUAGAACAAGUGAAGCUUCAGGUUGCUUGCAACACCUUACGAAUAUUCACAAAAUUCACAAACUAAUAUAAACAAAGUUACAAGACAGAUCCAUUCACCUAUUCGCACUAAAUUAUUUGAACCGUUUAACGGUAGGUUGCGUAGAACCAAAAUGUAUUUUGCGGUGCCAAAGUGUCCGUGAGACCAGUAACUUCCUGCUUUGUUCCGUAGGUUAGCGUUGCUAGCUAGCUAACCAUCUGAGUCGACGUAGUGUUAACCAAGAAGCAACCUUUUGAAGCCGUUGUUUGUUAGUUUGUUUUGGUUUGGAUUUUGUUGUUGUUGUUUUUGGUUUACUCAUGCAGAAAUCACAAUAAUGGCGAACUCCAGAAAUCUGAAAGCUUUCCUGGAGUCAUCUUUAAAUGAAAUUUUUAAGGCGACUGUGGGUAACAUAUUGGACUCUGUAGAUCAGACCUUGUCUGAAUAUCAAGGGGAAAUUCGUCGAAUUGCGUCAGAGAACGAGGACCUCAGGAAAAGACUGUACGCAAAAGAGGCCUUAAAAACCCAUUUGAAGACAGAGAAUGAUGAUCUUGCUGUUGCCAAUUUGGACUUCUCAAGUCAGACUUUCAUCCAUAAUUCAACAAAUAGAUCCGCACAGGAGGGUAAAAGGAGAGGGCCCAGGGGGCAGAGUGAAGACCAGAUACGAACAACUAGAGACAUAAAGUACAAGUUACUAAUGUCAUGCCCCCAAUCAGAAAGUGGAACAUCUCAGAUAGACAAACACCUGUCUAAUACCACAUUAUCUUAUGUAAAGACUGACCCUGACUUUGGAGAUGAGUCAGCCAUCAACCUCUCAAUGGAUCGGUCCCCUGACAACUUUAUAAAUAAGUGCAUUAAAGUAGAAGAUACUGAAGAAACCUUUGUUGAAUCUGAAUGUUACAGUCAGUUUGGAUCUCCCUUUGACCACUUGAGAGACAGUGAUGGUGAGGUCAGGGUAACCAUUGUGUCUGAAAAGCACUUGACUAGUGCUAUAAGUGAAGGUAACGAGAGUGAUGUUGGGAACCUGGAAGCAGAGAGUUCAGCUCAUAGUGUAUCUGCCACAGAUGCUAAGGCUCCAGCUGAUGAUGCUGACCUGGUGGGGGAUUGUGCUGAUGUUGGAGUGGCUACAGAAUCGGAGGAGGGACAUACUGAAAUGCUCCCAUGGACAGAAUCCGCAAACUCAAGAGAACUGAAGCAAAGCAAAAACUUUCACUGCGCUCUCUGCAACAAGAGCUUCAGCCGCAUGGCUUCGCUCAACAUCCAUGCCAGGACUCACAGCUCUGAGAGGGCACACAACUGCAGUUUCUGUGGCAAGGGGUUUAGCCGAGCUGACUUGCUGAAGAACCACAAGCGCACCCACACAGGAGAACGGCCAUUCACAUGCAACCUGUGUGGAAAGAAUUAUGGCCAUCAGGGUCAGCUCCGGAUCCACAAACGAAUCCACACCGGUGAGAAACCAUACUGCUGUCCACACUGUGGCAAGCGAUUCAAUGAACAUAACCAGCUCAAAGUGCACCUACGAACUCACACAGGGGAACGGCCAUACACAUGCAGUGUAUGCGCCAAGACCUUCACCAAUGCCGGCAACCUAAGGAUUCAUGUCAGAAUUCACACAGGCGAGAAGCCAUAUUGUUGCAGUCAGUGUGGAAAGCGGUUUAAUGGCAUGGGAGACCUCAAAACACACUACCGCAUCCACACGGGCGAGAGGCCGUACCGCUGCGACCUGUGUGCAAAGACCUUCAGUCAGGCUGGCCACCUGACCAUCCACAAGCGCAUGCAUACGGGCGAGAAGCCGUACAGCUGCACUGAGUGUGGCCGGAGCUUUACGGUGGCCAGUAGCCUCAAGCUUCACCAACUGACCCACACUGGGGAGAAGCUGUACAGCUGCCCCCACUGUGACAAAAGCUUCAGCAGACUGGGACACCUCAGGAGACACGAGCAGCUCCACUCCAAAGAGGACAUCCAUGUGUGCACUGAGUGCGGGAAGAGGUACACGAAUGAGUCAUCACUCAGAAAACACCAGAAGCUACACACUGCAGAUGAUAUGAAAAAUUCAGAAUUGGGAAAUUAAUAAUUGAGAUGUCACAGUAGUUAAAGUGGUAACACUGCUACAUACAAAAUAUCAUUUUACUACUUCACAAAGCCAUCAGCUCAACACUAAUUUGUUUGCUGAGGAGCAUCCCGUGAAUGGUCCCUAACUUAAUAUUUAGUAUUCAGUUAUAGAGACAAUUUAAAUCAACUAGGCUAACAACAAACAAAAAACAUUUAAACUGUUACUAUUAAGGGAAGCAUUUUGUUCCUUAUCACAAAGUAACUGUUAGCUGAGCAUUACUUCAUUACUAACUAUUAAUUGGCAGUUUUUUUUUUCAGACCUAUUUUCACUUUUAAGAAAUGACAUUUUGCAAUUCUAUUUCUGUAAUAUUGUUCUGACAUUAUAAGGUCAUUGAGAAUAAUUUUUGUAUAAACAAGAAUAAUUUCAGUUUAAAAAUACCAACCUGUUAUGUCCUCCACAAUUCCACUUGAUGCAUAUUAUGUGGGAAACUGGAGUACUGUGGAAGAUCAGGCCUUGCAGUUUGCAAAUGAGAGAAAUCUUAUAGGCCCCUACCAGAUUUUAGUUAUUGUUAAGCAAGUUACUAUUUUGGAUGGAGCAUUUUGUUAAUCUGUUUGUGAGUCCUGUGUUUGAAAACCUUUGAAACUGUAUACACAGUAGUUUGAGGUUCUGUCUGCAGAAUAUUUUAGGUGGGUUAUAAUUGAUAUCGUAAUUACAUGAUGGCAAGUAUAAUGUGUAUGUUUUGAACUGUCAUUUGAACUGUACUUUAAUGAUUCAGUGUACAUGUUAUUUGAUAUUUGUUCAAGGCUCAACCAGGAAUUGUGGCAGUAUCAUGAGAGCUUGACACUCUGAAAGUCCCGGGAGAAUGAUAAACAUGGGUACUGUGGUUUUGCAGAAUCAUCAUUCAUUGUCUGUUGUUUGCUGUGAUGAACAAUGAUGUAAUUUGUAGGGUCUUCAGAUUGGCACUCUUACAUUUAGCCAUGAUUCCUAGGUGAGAAAUGGAUGCCAUGCCCACUGGAAUUAGUUGAAAUUCUCCAUUAAGAAUGAAAAUAAAUUGAGUAACUGAUGUAGUGAAGUGUGACUUAAAUUAAGCAUGGAAUGUAGUAAGGCAUUUUACACCUGUGCAUAGUCCUUGGAGUUAGCAGAACCAGAUUUGGACAUUACCACAGGAGAUGUGAUUUUUCGUGUAUGGCCUACUACUUAUAGCUAACAAUGAAUUAUAAUGAAUGUGAUCUUUUUAAUUUGUUGUAAUUUAACACAUUAAAGGGAUAUUGUCUUGUGUAUCUGCUGCAUUUUGACAGUCUUGUGGUCCCUGGAUUGUAAUGAUGAUAAUUCAGAUGGAUCAACUUUUACAAAACCAAAGGCCAUAAAUCUUUGAAACGUCUGCUGUUCUAAUGUAUGUAUUUUUGUUUGAGUGAUUGUUUUUCAUUUAAGCAUUUUUAAAGCUUAUUUUAGAGCUAUUCUCUGUGUUCCUGUUUGUGUAUAUAAAGGAAGCAGGUUAUACAUUUUUUGAAGUUUAUCUUUAAUCCUGUAGUAAAUACAUUGGAAUUAAAUUGGACAGGAAAAACUUUACCUUUGCAGUAAGAAUUUCCAGGUCUCACGCAGCUACAAUGAGAAACAAUGUGUAGACUUCAUUUAUUUGGAUUAAUGCUAUAGAAUAUUGACAAAAUAUACUGUCACUUUAAGGUGUGCAGAAUACUGUAUCUAUUGCACAGUAAUCCUGAAAUGUUAGAUAUUAAAGUGCACCAUCAAAUAAAUUAUGUAUGUGCGCACACAUAUAUUAAGUAAUGUUUAUUUGCGCAUAGUGUAAAUUAAAUGUAUUAUAAAUGUCCUAAUAUAAUUGAAUGGUUUUGCAUUUAUUCCUCUCUCUUAUGGUUUAAUGAUGCCCUCUAAUCAACAGCCAAACCAAGAGUUGUCAAAUGUUAUAAAUGUAAUUGUAAUUUAUGUUAGAAGUAAUGUUUUUUUUAAUGGAUUAUUUCUACUAAAACCAUACCAAACUGCAAAUUUUCUUUGUAAUUAAAAGGUGGUUCAAAUUUGAGGGUUAUUUGGGGUAACAAAAAAAUGAAGUGUUAUGUAAUUUUAUUGCAAAUGAUCAGAUUUGUUCUGUCUGUGCUGCUUAGGACUUUUAAGACCAUGCAGCGAUAGUACGGUCAGUAAUUAAAUAAAAAUAAU